GUUUUUUUUCUUAUUAUCUGUAUUAGCAGAUAACGACACUUUGAAUCCUAACGGUUACCGCCACGUGGUCUUACAACAAAGCGUAACCAUGCUGGCUUACAUGGACCACACUGCGGAGAACGUAACCGGUACACCCAGGGGCUUCCUGACCAAGUGGCAUCUGGACAGAGACUUGACCAUUCUUGUUGGUGCAGCCAUAGGUGCCUUGGGAUUAAUGCUUAUACUGGCAGUGGCCGUGCUUGCCUGGCAUUGUUGUUGUCAGAAGACAGUGAAUGAGAAGGAAUACAGUUGCAAAGACCAAUCAGAAGAAGGCAAAACUGUUAAACAAACUGGAUCUGGGGUUAUUCAGAGUGAAUCCAUGGUAUUUGUUGGAGUAAAAAACAACCAGCAAUACAAAAGUCCAGUAGUUGAAAACAACAACAAGCCUGUACUACAUUCUCAAAUGGUGCCUGUCGAAGAAGAUAAGGGGGUUAAACAAACACACAAUAAUCCUAGUAUGAAACCUAGACCUCUGAGUCAACCAGUCCAUCUUUCCCAUGAUGCUUUACUAGACUCUCAAGUAAGAGGUUGCGACCCCUCAGAGCCAGCUCUUCCAGACGUGGGUGUUGAUAUUAGCCAGGUGAUCCUGUCGAGUAUUCCCGAGAAUACUGUUCGAAGUUACUACUGCCUAAAAGACAUGCCUCCGCUAAGUGAAUGUUCGUCUUAUGAUGGAUUAGAUGAACUAAAUGGAUUAACUCACCAGUUCAUAAUGACCCCUGACACAAUAAUGAAAACUAGAAGCCUUCCAGCAUGGGGACAUUCUCGUCUUCGGCCACUUUCAACCGAAGAUGACCUUAACGAGUUGUAUGCCAAAGUAAAUUUCAGCAAGAAAAGGAAAAACCGCAUGAGAAACGACAGUGCUGCUGCCAUUGCAGUCAACAAGAGCCAGAAUUCCUUUCUUAUCUUACCUUUUAUUCACAAAGACACUGACUCACUGGUGGAUAACGAGGCCAUCGUUGUUUACGACGAAAGAACUGCACUUUAGACCAAUGGGUUUUGAGUUUUGAUGUAUUAAUGGCUUAGCUUAAAUACUGUUUUAUUUAAUAUAUAUAAGUUAAAGUAACUUUUUUUUAAGAAGUUGUGACCAUUGUGAUAUAUUCUACCAAUAUAUCUCUACAGAAUCUCAUUUCUUAGCAUGGCAUAAUUGUGAAAAUUUAACAUAUAACAACAAUUGGAAAUUAAGUAUUUAGAAAGUUGUUAUUAUUGUCAUAUCCUUUCAUCGAACGUUUUGUUCCCUCUUUUUUUUUGUAAUCUUAUUUUUAUGAUCUACAUAUUUUUCUAUAUUUUGUCACUGAAUAAGUUACCCAUAAAUUACACCCGAUGAUUACACCUCGACUAGGAAAAUUAACAAAUACUUCAGAAGUGAUAGAAUGCCUUUGAGUUUAUUAAAAUCUUUAGCAAUGGAGUGAUGGUAGCCUAGUAAAAAAAAACAUUUUAUAGCUUGAGCUUUACUGAAAAGGAUUCUGUAUAAAUAUAUUUUAUUUCUUUUACACUUUUGUAAAACUGUCGAAUGAAUAACACGCACCGGGUUAUUCUUCAAAAUGGUUAAGUGAUUCUUGAAUUUAAGAUUUAGUAGGUUAAAAAAAAAAUUGGACUUUCUGUGACAAUUAUCCCACUUAAGGCAAGUGUCUUGAGAAUUUCUCUUGUAGGUUCAUGACUCCCUUCCGGGUCGAUGACCAUUACGAAAGCAAUCAAUAGAGGAUGGGAAGGUCAUUGAAAAAAAAGUCUUAAAUUGUCCAGUUCUAUAGGCUGGCACCUGUGGCUUUAAAUGUAAGCUUUUCUUACUUUUAUACUGUAGCUGGUACAAUGUACGGAAACUAGUUCAAUGCACAACCGUUUAUACGAUUGUAUUCAUUUAAGUAGAAGUGUUAGUGUUGUGUUUUCUAGGGCUAUUUGCACUCUGUCUGCUGUUGGGAUUCAAACCCUGGAUUUUAGCAUUGCAAGUCCACAGACUUAUAGCUGACCAUCCAAAGGUUUAUAGUAAAAGAAAGCCAUUACUCAUUAUAGUUUGAGAAAAAAAUUGUGCUGUCAGAAUUGAAGAAAUAAUUCCAUGUAAAUACAAUAACUGAGAAAAAAAUGUUGAAAAACAGAGAAACCUAAUCAAAUAUAAGGUUUGUAAUAAAAGAAGGUUAAUACGUUUCUUCAUCUGAAAAACUGAAAUACUUAUAGCUGUGAAAAACAAACAUGUGAACGUGUAUUAAACUGAAACUGCCAUACUGACAUUUUCUAUGAUGGCUUGUAAACGAUAUGCCAUUGUUCUCGGUUGACUUUUCAUCGUACGUAAUUAUUAUGAUGUUAUUUUCAGUACAACAUGAAAUAUUUUGGUUACAAACUCAACUAUAAUACUAUUAUCAAAUUACAUAUCUGUAAUCAGUGUGUUGUUUACAGUCACGCUUUCUGCUUCACACACUAUCCUUACAAGUUUGUAUGGUCUUAAUUUCUGCAAUUACUAUGUAGUCUUUUGCUAUACUCUUGUUUCACAACUAUCCAUCUGUUCUUAAGUUUGUACAGUUUGAAUUUUGACAUUAUUAUUAAAUCUCAUCAAGUUACUAUGCGCACCAACUGAAAGAGUUGAUAAUACUCAGUUGUCGUAUAUUUAUUAGUUCCUUAGAAACAACUCUGUAGCAGUGUUUAAAGCAUGAAUUCAGAUCAACUUCAUUUGUUCUACUUCCCUUAUCCAAUUUUAAUUCCCCCUGGAGGAUUUAAAAUGAUAUAAGAAGGUAAUUUACUUACAUAAAUGUACACGAGCCUGAUAUUACAGUAUUAGUUGUUAAGCCUUUUUCUUUAAUAAGUGUCACAAAAGUUAAGUAUAUCUAUAGGAUUAUAGACAGUCACAUUAUUAAGUUACCAAUCUUUUAACUCAAAUGUUUCUUGGUUAAGAAAGAUGGUCUUACUAAUACAUGACAGUAAGUAUAAAUGCAAGAACUAAAUCUAAGAAUGUAAUAAAUCUCAAAUGAAAUGAGUAACAGCAUUCUAACACUGGAGAUAAAUAUCAAAGUUGUGCCCGAGUUUGUAUAUUUAUCUUAGAAAAAUUAUAUUAAUGUAGUGAUACGUACAGGGUUAUUAACUGUUUGUGGGUUUUCAUAAAGAAAUCUAUCUUACUGAGGCCAAAAGUUAUUUUUUAAAAGAAAAUUAACAAUGGCAUAAAAGUACAUAAUUAAACAUUUUUCAUGAGCUCUGUGGUAAAUAAAGAUAUAUAUGAACCAAAUCAUAGAUAUUUUUUUUCUUAUCUUGGUAAAUACUAAAUGUCAUGAUAAAAAAAAGGUAUUAUUGAUCAACUAAUGAUCAGUUUUCAAGAUACAUUGUUUUGUGUAUCACCUUAUUUUUUUUUUCCAGUUUUUGUUGUUGUUGAUUUUUUUUGCGAAGCUACACGAUAGGUUAUCCGUGGCAAAUUGAAUCCCAAAAUUUAGCAUUGUAAGCCCAGAAAUUUAGAGCUGGCUUAAGAGGAGACUGCAGUUUUCAUAAUGACUAUAAUCAGUUAAAUAUGGCUGCUUUUGGAGAGCAGUUGGAAAUGCUACACACAUUGGUUAUGUAAAAUAGAAGUAUCCUUUUUCUGUACUUUGAAUGUUUCAAUAUAAAUAUGUUUCAUAUUAAUUAUCACAAAUCGGUUAUAUUACAGUUCUUACCUGUCAAACAAUUUUUUUUAUCAUACACAACUGAAUUUAUUAAACUUUGAUAUCAGAAUGAUUAUCCUUUGUAAAAAAAAAAAACUGAAACCAUAUCGUGGGAGAGGGUAGGAUAUAAAAUUUCCAAAAUCAUGAAAGGAUGCGUUACCUGUGAUGUUACUUUAGUAUAUCAGUUAGUUUCACGUGACACCUCAUACAUGAACUCUUAGUUAGCUGUGGUUAUAACCUUGCUUACUACAAGAAACACCAUUUAGCCAUUUUUACAGAGUGCAUAUGUAUGUUUUGUUCAGUACCAUUUUGGGUCCAAAGUCAGACUCCUCAGAUUUUCAGUAAAACUUGACAAAGAAGUCUUUAAGAUAAAAUUGUAUGUUACUUUUCAUUACUAUCUGAUUUAUUAUAUCAAAUAACUUUUCUAUAAGGUUCUGUUUCUCAUAAAAAAGUGGAUAUAGAGCUACUAUCAUCAUGUUAUCUACAUCAGUGGUUCAUAAUCACAGAUCUACCAGAAAAUUUCAAACAUUUCACAAAACAGUGGAAAAAUAAAAAAUCUUAUGUUUUAAAAUAUGGAUACUUAUGUAUAUUGUUAAUAUACUUAUGUAUAUUGUUUUAUUACAAUGUAACUUAAAAGUACUUUAAAAAUUCAAUACUGUAAUAAGUUGUCAGUGAAAUUAUUGUAUGAGAAAAAAAAAGGUUAGGUUAUCUAGGUGACUAACGGAUAAAUGGUUAGGUUACCUUGGUGACUAACAGAUAAGACGUUAGGUUAUCUAGGUGACUAACGGAUAAAUGGUUAGGUUACCUCGGUGACUAACAGAUAAGACGUUAGGUUAGCUAGGUGAGUAACAGAUAAGAUGUUAGGUUACCUAGGUGACUAACAGAUAAGACGUUAGGUUAUCUAGGUGAAUAAUAGAUAAAAGGUUAGGUUACCUAGGUGACUAACAGAUAAGAUGUUAGGUUGUCUAGGUGACUAACAAAUAAAAGGUUAGGUUACCUAGGUGAAUAACAGAUAAAAGGUUAGGUUAUCUAGGUGAAUAACAGAUAAAAGGUUAGGUUAUCUAGGUGAAUAACAGAUAAGACGUUAGGUUAUCUAGGUGAAUAACAGAUAAGACGUUAGGUUAUCUAGGUGAAUAACAGAUAAGACGUUAGGUUAUCUAGGUGACUAACAGAUAAGACGUUAGGUUAUCUAGGUGACUAACGGAUAAGACGUUAGGUUACCUAGGUGACUAAUGGAUAAAAGGCUAUAAACUCUAAAGCUGUUCAACUUUCUCUGUCAUUGUUAUUAUUUCUUGUGAGCACCAGUUUAGUUCUAUCAUAUCCUUUCCAUAUGAUGUGGUAAACUGAAGCUACAGAGAAAAGUGAUCACGUACAGUGGUUAGAAGACACGAGGAUUGAAACCAAUUCAAAAAAGGAAGCUCUACCUUGAAGUUUAUCAAAGGAAACUAACAUUAUAAUAUUAUCUUGUAUUUUAUCCUAUUCUGUGCUUAUUUCUUGUGAACUGAAAAAUAAGAACGAGGCCAUCAAAGCUCAACGGUAGCUCCAUUUCGUCUGUAAUAUGUCCCUUUUUUUAUAGGUGCUCAAUUUUAUACCAUAGCUUUACAAGAUGUACCUCUAGUGAAUGUAGCAAAAGCAUGAUGUGAUGUGAUGUAAGAAACAUCAAUAGAACUGUGAUGUGUGUUAGCUUGAUAUUUCCAAUAAAUAAUUUUUUUUUUUCAAACUCAA